CAGAUUCUGAGAAGAUGAAGUUCACGGUGUCAAAUCUAUCAAGCUCUGUGUUCUUCCUCCUCAUCUUCUAUGCUUUUGUGUCUCCCAUCCAUGGAAGCAACAGACAUGCUGCUCUCUUCAUUUUUGGUGAUUCUUUCUUAGAUGCUGGCAACAACAAUUACAUCAACACACUACAGCUCUUCUACCAAAGCAAUGUUCUGCCCUAUGGGGGAGAAACAUACAUUCACUUCCCCAACAGUGGAGAUUCUCUGAUGGGAAGGUUGUAUAGAUUCAUAGAUUUCAUAGCCCGACGGCCUGAAUAUGCAAAGCUCGCUAUGGGCAUAUACAAGAGAGGGGCUAGAAAAUUUGUGUUGAUGAACUUGCCACCCUUGGGUUGUCUUCCAGGAACCAGAAUAAUUGAUGUGGAAGAAAAUGGAAAAUGCUUGCAAGAACUUUCAAACCUUGCAAGUUUACACAAUAGAGUUCUACAUCUGCUUCUCUUGCAACUGCAGAAUAAAUUGAAGGGCUUCAGAUUUGCACUGUAUGAUUUCCACACUGAUGUCACUCAAAUGAUGAACCAUCCCUUCAAAUAUGGUUUGGAGGAUGGAAAAUCAGCAUGUUGUGGAAGUGGAAGAUUGAGAGGAGAGUAUAGCUGUGGAGGGAAGAGAGGGCAGAAGGAAUAUGAAUUGUGUAAGAAACCGAAUACAUAUUUAUUUUGGGACUCUUAUCAUCUCACAGAAAGUGCUUACAAAAGCAUAGCAGAUAGAAUGUGGGGUUUUAGCAACACCUCUUACAAUAUAGGGCCUUACACAAUCAGACAUUUCUUCCAACUUCCAUGAUUUCUUUCAUCUUUCAUUGUUUUUGCUUCAUUGCAUCAAAGAUAAAAUAUUCUUAUUAUCGUAUUAUAUCCUCAU